GCUGGAAGAUGGUGCUGCGGCGGCUCCUGCUCUCCCUCAUCAACACGCAGCAGCUCGUGGAGCGCCUGGCCGAGUCGCGGCCCAUCCGCCGCGCGGCGCAGCUCACGGCCUUCGCGGUGCUGCGGGCGCAGCUCGGGGCCCGGGAGGCCACGCGGAGCCUGCGGGGGCCGGCGGAACGCGCCGCGCGCUUCGGGGCCAUCCUCGCCCGGGAGCUCCGCCGGGGCCUGCGGCAGCGGCCGCGGCCGCCAGGGGGCAAGGACGGCCCGGGCCGGAGGCCGGGAGGCACGGGGGCGCCCCUCCCCCAUCGCCCUCUGCCCCCCCAUCGCCCUCUGCCCCCUCCUCACCAUCGUUUGGCCUCCCCUCCCCCAUCGCCGCCGUGCCCCUCGGGGCUGGACGCCUUUGACCUUCAGCCCUGUCCUGGACAGACAGACCGAGGGGGGGAGGGGCGCUGGGGUUGGGGCUCGGCCCUCCCCGGGCAUCGGCGCCUUUCACCCCGGAAGACUGUUUCCUUAGCCGUCCAAUGUUGGUCCUUGUAA